UGAUUAGCACCGAUUUUACACUCGUUCAUUGCAAGUAGAUUGACUUUCCAGAUAACGCCCUCCUUACUCGUGCGUAAUAUACCACGCGUUUUUACGCAGUAUCAGGCACGCGCUCGCCGAUAUUGGAUAUAAUGAGAGUUCUGUUCUACGUGUUCGUGGUUGUGGUUGCAUUCUACGAAGAUACGCUGUCGCAAGACACGGACAUAUUCUACAGUUGUCCGUCAGGGAUACCGUUACUAUCAACAGAUGGCAAUCCAGUAGCCUGCAGUAGAAGUGGUUGCGGCGCAUGGUCCGCAGACCAUUUCUGUUCCAGUGGUGUAUGCUGCCCUCUAUGUAGCAACGGCAAAAGACCAUAUUCGUUUUGUGAUCAGGCGAUAUGCGCAGAUUUUGUAUGCGCGGGAUAUCCUAGUGCCGUGUGCAAAGCCGAUAAGUGCGUGUCAUGUGAAAUAGUCGUAUUUGACUCGGUAACCCUCGAGGGCAUACGGUGUCCAGAAAACUACUGUGUAUUAGAAGAUGGAGAGAUUGCUUUUGAUGGGGAGCAGUGGAUGGACGGAUGUCUCAGCUGCCAGUGUGAAGUGGGGGUACUGACUUGUACUGAUGAACGUUGUCCUGUCGACGAGUGUAGUACUGGGACACAUACAUGUGAUGUAAAUGCAAACUGUACUGACACUCCCUCAACGUUCGAAUGCCGCUGCAAUCAAGGCUUCACGGGAGAUGGCCACCAAUGCCAAGAUAUUGACGAAUGUUUAUCGGUUCAAUGUGGCGAUAAUUCCCAUUGUACUAAUUUACCUGGUUGGUAUCAAUGCGAAUGUAAUAACGGAUUUUCAUGGGACGGACAGACAUGCCAAGAUGUCGACGAAUGCGAGUCUGGUAUCCAUGCUUGUGACGUCAAUGCUUUAUGUAUUAAUAUACCAGGUUCUUUCAUGUGUCAAUGCAUCGAUGGAUUUACGGGAACAGGUCUCAUAUGCGAGGAUAUAGACGAGUGUUUGGGGUCAAAUGACUGCGGCACUGAUGCAUUAUGCAUCAAUUUACCUGGUUCUUACUCGUGUAGCUGCGUUCAAGGGUUUUAUGGCGACGGGAUCACGUGUCAGGAUAUUGACGAAUGUGAGCUUGAUGUCCAUGACUGUGACCUCAAUGCCCUUUGUAUUAAUAGACCAGGUUCUUUCACGUGUCAGUGCAAAGCUGGCUAUAUUGUUGAUGGUUUUACCUGUGUGGACAUCAACGAAUGUGUGACUGGCGAACACAAUUGUGACGCUAAUGCUUAUUGCACAAACACCAUGGGCUCGUUUAACUGCACAUGCGCAAAUGAAUAUAUCGGUGAUGGCAUCAAUUGUAGAGCAAUGGCCACCAUUGACAGGUGUCCCUACGACUUCCCACUUCUCGUGUCCAGUGAUGACAGAAUUAUGAGCUGUUCCAGGACCAGGAGAUGCACCGUGAAGAAUCCAAUGACUUAUUGUUACAGGGGUCCAUCCGGUAGUGGUUGUUGCCCGGUGUGUCCGGAUACCGGUAAAACCCCAGGUACCUGCGAAUCUGAUGUAUGUGACGGAUUUGAAUGCAAUGGAUAUCCCUACGCUGUAUGCAAAGCCAAUCCCUGUGCGGACUGUCAACCAACAGCGUAUGAUCCGUUGACUUUGAAAGAGGUUCAUUGUUCUUCUGUCGACGAGUGUAGUACUGGGACACAUACAUGUGAUGUAAAUGCAAACUGUACUGACACUCCCUCAUCGUUCGAAUGCCGCUGCAAUCAAGGCUUCACGGGAGAUGGCCACCAAUGCCAAGAUAUUGACGAAUGUUUAUCGGUUCAAUGUGGCGAUAAUUUCCAUUGUACUAAUUUACCUGGUUCGUAUCAAUGCGAAUGUAAUAACGGAUUUUCAUGGGACGGACAGACUUGCCAAGAUGUCGACGAAUGCGAGUCUGGUAUCCAUGCUUGUGACGUCAAUGCUUUAUGUAUUAAUAUACCAGGUUCUUUCAUGUGUCAAUGCAUCGAUGGAUUUACGGGAACAGGUCUCGUAUGCGAGGAUAUUGACGAAUGUCUAUCGGUUCACUGUGGUGAUAAUUCCCAUUGUACAAAUUCACCUGGUUCGUAUCAAUGCGAAUGUAAUAACGGAUUUUCAUGGAACGGACAGACAUGCCAAGAUGUCGACGAAUGCGAGUCUGGUAUCCAUGCUUGUGACGUCAAUGCUAUGUGUACUAAUAUACCCGGUUCUUUCAUGUGUCAAUGCAUCGAUGGAUUUACAGGGACAGGUCUCAUAUGCGAGGAUAUAGACGAGUGUUUGGGGUCAAAUGACUGCGACACUGAUGCAUUAUGCAUCAAUUUACCUGGUUCUUACUCGUGUAGCUGCGUUCAAGGGUUUUAUGGCGACGGGAUCACGUGUCAGGAUAUUGACGAAUGUGAGCUUGAUGUCCAUGACUGUGACCUCAAUGCCCUUUGUAUUAAUAGACCAGGUUCUUUCACGUGUCAGUGCAAAGCUGGCUAUAUUGUUGAUGGUUUCACCUGUGUGGACAUCAACGAAUGUGUGACUGGCGAACACAAUUGUGACGCUAAUGCUUAUUGCACAAACACCAUGGGCUUGUUUAACUGCACAUGCGCAAAUGAAUAUAUCGGUGAUGGCAUCAAUUGUAGAGCAAUGGCCACCAUUGACAGGUGUCCCUACGACUUCCCACUUCUCAUGUCCAGUGAUGAGAGAAUUAUAAGCUGUUCCAGGACCAGGAAAUGCACCAUGAAGAAUCCACUGACUUAUUGUUACAGGGGUCCAUCCGGUAGUGGUUGUUGCCCGGUGUGUCCGGAUACCGGUAAAAGACCAGGUACCUGCGAAUCUGAUGUAUGUGACGGAUUUGAAUGCAAUGGAUAUCCCAACGCUGUAUGCAAAGCCAAUCCCUGUGCGGACUGUCAACCAACAGCGUAUGAUCCGUUGACUUUGAAAGAGGUUCAUUGUUCUUUGAACUGCAACUCAACAAAUGGUAUUGAAUACAGACAUGGUGAUAAAUGGAUAGACAGUUGUCUAAUAUGCGAGUGUAACGAUGGUAACGCCGUUUGCUCUGACCAUCUGUGUGAAUCCAGUGGAGGUAUACUUUGCCCUGACUCAGAUCCAUUGCAUUAUGACGGAAUUGUAUUCAACUGUUCGUCACAUGAUUGCCCAGCUGGUCAUUAUUGUAGACAUAUUGCACCCAGCCAAGGAGUAUGUUGCCCAGCUGUAAAUACGACAGUUGAAUGUAUCUAUGAUUGGACGGAAUGGUUCGAUAUAACGACACCCGUUGAUUCACUUGGCGAUUUUGAAACACUAUUUAUGUUAUGCAAGAGUGGGAUUAACCCUAUGUGUGACAACACGACAGUCAUCGAUGUUCGCACCGUUGAAGGCAACCGUCCUGCCCAGACCACGGGAGAAGUGUUCUACAGUAACGAUGCAAUUAACGGGUUUAUUUGCCGUAAUCAAGACCAAUUUGAUGGGCAAUGUGAAAAUUAUGAAGUGCGUUUCUGCUUCGUAGGUUCUGAAACAGUAAUUAAACCCGUAUAUUGCCAAACCAAUAGCACGGCAUACGUGGAAGGAGAGGAAUGGUUAACAGGAUGUACAUUAUGUCGAUGUACAAAUGGAAGCAUAAACUGUACGGAUCAGUAUUGCGGGGAUUUGUACAAUAUGUGCGAUAGGGGGACACCACUCAUCGCUGAUCAUGUGACUAAUUCCCUGGUAUUUUGUAAAUUGGAGAUUAUUCAUGAUUGCCCCGCUACUCAUCUUUGCCAAGCAGUUAAUAUCAGUCAGAUUCAAACAGGAAUAUGCUGUCCAAUUUCGACAUAUGAUCAGAAUUGUGUAAAUGGUACAUGGACGGAUUGGUACGAUCUUGACAAAUCCUACAAUGAAUCAGUGAUUCCUGGUGACUUGGAAGUAUUACAAUACCUUAUCUCGUCAUCUGGGCAUGUUUGCAAGAAUCCUUUGUCAAUUGACGUGCAGACUGACGAAGGUAUCCCAGCGUACAACACGGGCCAGACAUUCUAUUCUUUCGACGUCGUCACUGGGUUUGUUUGUCGAAAUGCCGACCAGAAUGGUGAACCGUGUCUCAACUAUCGUGUACGACUCUGUUGUCCAGAACCAUCUUUCUGUGACGAGGACAUGCUCACGCCAUGGUUUGAUUUGGACAAUCCGUGUGGGAUGGACACGCACGAUAUCGGUGACGUAGAAUUAUUGUCCGUCAUACGGGAUGAAUACCCUCUCGAAUCAUGUGACUUCCCGACGGCAAUUCAAGUGCACACCGUAGAUGGCGUUCCAGCUGAGCAGACGGGUCAAGUCUUUAGAUACAUGGACGUAAAGCACGGGUUCAUUUGUCGUGACAAGGACCAGGAGGGUUUCGAUGAUUGUCUGGACUACAAGAUAAGAUUCUGUUGCAAUUAUGCUCCCGUGAGUGAGUACAACGUAUCGAAGAUAAUUAAAAAAGGUCAGUGCCCACUGGUUAUCAGAACAACGUUUAAGCAAAUACGAGACACGGACGGCGAAUUUGCAUAUUUUGGUUGUCAAGACGACAGAGACUGCGCAGAGACUCAGAAAUGCUGCCCCAGCGGUGAAUUUGGUACAUUAUGUAUGGAUGCGAUAUCCCCAUGCCGCCAUGACGGAAUUGAUUAUCCACCAGGCUCAUACAGACAACAUUCAUGUAACUUUUGUGGUUGUGAGGAUGGUGUCUGGGAGUGUACGCAAGAACAGUGUGACGGGUAUUGAAUCGGCGAAUCCUUCAAGAAAUUUCACAUUUUCUCUAUUUACACUAGAUCACAUUUACCUCUAUUAUUAGCCUCAACCCUGCCAUUUGAUAGUCUAUAGUCUAUGGGUUAUAAUCUUCUUUACUGUUCUAUUUUUUGACAGACUCACAUAAUGUUGCGUGUUUAUAUAUAUAUCACAAAACCAAACAUAAAUUGUAGAGAUAUGUUUUUGAUCGGACAUUGUUAAUGACAGAGUGACCAGAGUAAAUAAAGGAAAUUGUAUCCCAUUGAUAGCAUGGGAAUUGCAAAGACAAAACCUAAUCUUAUUGUUUUCAAGCGUCUAUCAGAUUUCAAGUAAAUGUUACACAAUUUAGACACAACGCGGGCAUUAAUCUCUGGUUCUUGACCAGGAAAGCCUUCAUGUGCCACACUUUAGUAUAUAAUGUACACCCAGUGUUAUUUUACAAGUUUGGUACAAGCUUGCACGCGCCAAUUUAGUUUCUUUCAAACAAAAUAUCUUGUAUGAAUAUAUUGUACAAAAACUCCAUAGCGCAAUAUUAGUAUUUUUGUAAAAGCGUCUUAUACGAAUUCAUACAGAAUUCAUGUUUAAAAGUCAAUACAAAUAAAUUACUGGCGACUCUCCGCACAUCUUUGUUUGAUUUUAACGCGAGAGAAUUACAAGUGUAUUCAAACUGUUAUAUCUUCAAUUAAAAUAAACUGUGCCGUCUAUCCUA